AGAGAGAGAGAGAGAGAGAGUUUUGAUUCCAUCCCCUCUUUCCUCUACUUAUGGUCUAAUCUCUAGAGUUAACUGAAAAUGAACUAUCUAAAGGAAGUUGUGGUUGUGCUGCUGUUAGUCCAGUACUUGAUUUUACCGGCCAGGGGAGUGUCAGGUGGUCAGAUAUCUGGCAGGGGAGUCAUCAAUCUCACACACAGACAGACCGCAUGGACUCCCGUAAUACAGACAAGAGCAAAUCUCAGUGAAGUCAGAAGCAUCCGAUCUUUCUUUGAAUUCCGGACUUUUGACCCAGAAGGGGCCAUCUUCUAUGGAGACACAAAGGAAGGAAAGGACUGGUUUGUGCUUUCACUGCGUAAUGGUAUACCUGAAAUGCAGAUCGGGAAAGCAGACAUUUUAGUUAGUAUAAAAGGAGGCCGCAGACUCAAUGAUGGAGCCUGGCACUUGCUGGAAUUGCGCAGUGAAGGUAAAUUUGUGGUGUUAGAGGUAAACAACAAAGAGGAACUUGUAGUCGGACUCCAUUCUGAGCUGACAGAGGAUGAACUAACAGGAAAAAUACGUCUGGGGCUUGGCGGCAUGUUGGUGGACAAACAGAAGCUCUUUAAUCCUUUUCACCCAGAUAUGGAUGCUUGUAUAAGGGGUGGACACUGGCUAAAUCUAAGCUCCCUCUGGGAUACAGACCCAAUGUGGGAACCCCAACCUUGCUUCUCUGAGAUCAAAAGAGGCAGUUACUUUCCAGGAACUGGGAUGGUUACGUUUAAUACAUCCGAUCUUCCUGGACUUAAGACAGAAGAGGCUGGUAUCACAGUAAAGAUCUUUGGAUCUUGGACUGGGGCAACCCUGAGUCUCCAAAGUACAGACUUUGAGUAUGUUUUGGGAGAGUUGGACAGACAUACAGAUGUCAAGGCGGUUCAGUUAGGCUCGAAAGAAGGAUCAGAAACCACUGCCCUUCCCCGUGAACCUGCAGCACUUACUUUCAACAUACUGAAACAUUUACUUGUGGUAAACGGCAAACCAGAGCACGAAACGGAAAGUCUGGACUUUUUCUCCAUGUGGAAAAAUGGGAUGCUUCUGACUUUUGGGGGAGUGCCAGGUGAGAGUGAGGCGGCAAAAAGUUCACAUCGCCUGCGUGGGUGUUUGGAGAAAAUCCUUGUCCAGGACCAGGUCAUUGAUCUUGAUCAAGCUUUAUACAAACACUCAACAGUGUCAUCUCAUAGCUGUCCUAAAGAAGCAAUGAAUGAACUCAGUUAACAAAGACGAAUGGCUGUCAUCCUAUUGGACCAAAAUUUCCUCCAUUAUGGUCUAUGCAUCUUAUAUCUGAAAUAUGUAUGCCUAUUUGAAAUGCUCAAUGAUCACUGAUCAGUAGAUCCAUAACCAUCAACAUAUAAGCAGAUGGGAUGCCAUCUAUUAUUUUUACAUAUUAACACAUUUUGAGCAAUAAAAACAUUUAAAACUAA